UCACAUUCCCAUGAUCCACCGCGGUUCUCCUCAUUUGGCUGCUGCGUCCAAAGUGUCAAAUCCAAGAUGCAACUUCACAGACUGUUCCAGGUGUCCGCGCUGCUGCGCUCCUCCGUCAGCCUGACCCUGCGCAGGAACCUUGGUCUCUCCGCCGUGGUCUUCAACAAGGCCAAAGACAUGGACCCAGUGCAGAAACUGUUCCUGGACAAGAUCCGCGACUACAGCGCCAAGAGCAAGGCUUCCGGUGGUAUUGUGGAUGCUGGCCCCGCGUACCAGAAAAAUCUGAACGAAGAGGUCUCGAAGUUGGAGAGACUAUACGGAGGUGGAGAUCUCACCAAGUUCCCUGAUUUUAAAUUCACAGAUGAUCUGGUCGCUUUCUGGCUCUGUAGCAGAAGUUCCCCCCCAGUCAUGUGUCCAAAGAAGGUCAGAGGGAAGGACUCAAUUAAAGAGGAGUAAAGUGAUGACACUACAGACUUUGUGAUUUGAAAAUCGAUUUGAAUUGAAAAAUGUUUCUGGUCUAAGAGGUGAUAUAUCAUUAAAAUACCCAGCAAUUGAAAGUGGAAAUGUGCAGCCACAUCAUCUGAUCACAUCAGCUUGAUUUAUAUUUGUGUAUAACCCGAGUUCAGACUUAACUCCAAAACCUCCACAGUUGCAUCAUCCUCUACAAUGGUGUCAGUGUGGAAGCUUCAAAACAGCUCGUCUUUAUAUCUACCGCCUGAGAGUGACACCGCUGCUGUUGUGUUGUUAA